CCGCAGAGAAACAUUAAACCUGAUUAAACUUUAUAAUAAGAGACAGUAAAGGUUGAAUAAGAAGAAGAAGAGGAGGAAGAGGAAGAGGAAGAGGAAGAGGAAUAAAAGGAAGAAGCUGUUAAAUCUGUUAAAGAGGAAACAAACAGAAAGAUGCAGUGCGACGACGUGAUCUGGGAUCUGAUCGGGAACAAACAGUUCUGCUCCUAUAAAGUCAAGACGAAGAGUCAGAACUUCUGUCGUAAUGAAUAUAACAUCACAGGUUUAUGUAACCGUUCAUCAUGUCCGCUCGCCAACAGCCAGUACGCCACUAUCAGAGAGGAGAAAGGUCAGUGCUUCCUGUACAUGAAGGUGAUUGAGCGAGCAGCGUUUCCUGCUAAGAUGUGGGAGAAGGUGAAGCUCAGUAAGAACUACGAGAAAGCUCUGGAGCAGAUCGACGAGGCUCUGAUCUACUGGCCUCGCUUCAUCAGACACAAGUGUAAACAGAGAUUCACCAAGAUCACCCAGUACCUCAUACGCAUGCGCAAGCUAGUGCUGAAGAGACAGAGGAAGCUGGUUCCUCUCAGCAGGAAGGUGGAGAAGAGAGAGAAGAGGAAGGAGGAGAAAGCUCUGAUCGCUGCUCAGCUGGAUAACGCCAUCGAGAAGGAACUGCUGGAGAGACUGAAACAGGGAACGUACGGAGACAUCUAUAACUUCCCGGUCCACGCCUUCGAUCGAGCUCUGGAGAAACAGGACGAAGACGAGAGCGAGGAGGAGUCCGAGGGCGAGGAGGAGGAAGAGGAGGAGGAAGAUGACGAGGACGUCGGGAAGAGAGAGUUUGUAGCAGAAGACGAAGUAGACGAGAGCGACCUGGACGACUUCGAGGAAAUGAACAAACUGAGGACGAGCAGCGACGAGGAAGAGGAGGAUGAAGAGGAGGAGUCCAGUGAGGAUGAGGAGGAGAUGGAGGUGGAGACGAAGGCCUCCAGGUCUAAAGGCAAAUCUCCCGCCAACGGCUCGGCGGCGAGGAAGAAGCGAGCGUACGUUGAGAUCGAGUACGAGCAGGAGACGGAGCCCGCCUCCAAGAGCAGGGCGGCGACGUCGUGAUGUCACAGCCCGCGCCGGCCAAUCAGAACUGUGAGCUGUGAUGAUGUCAGCGGACUCGGGAUGACAUCAUCACAGGGUUUCUGUUGAACGUCACACCGGAGGAAAGUUGUGACCUGAAACUCAGAACGGAGACUUUACAACUGUUUAUUUCUGUUAUUGAAUAUUAAACUUUAAAGGAGCAGUUCACUGUGUUUCAGGCUGGUUUUAAAGCAGCAGCUGUAAUUUAUUCCUCCUGUUUAU